AUGCUUAGAAAACUCUACCACAAUCUCACUCCAAUAGGAUGGUUUCUCGCCUUCAUCACCAGUUUCUGCUGGAGAACAACUCUUCCAGAAGCUUCAAAAAGCCAAAGUCCAAAAGAAAAGCUUCUUCUUGUCUUUCCAAUAAUUCCGACAAUUGAAAACUAUGAAAUGGUCAACGAGCAAUUUUGCGGUCUUCUUCGCGAAAAAUACGGACGAAUCGGCGACGACCUCGGCAUUGAAAUCAAAACGCUGUUUAUCACUGAAGGAACAACAAUCACUCAACAAGCAGCGAGGAAAGACUGGAAUGUAAUCAACAAAGUAAGCAGUACAAUUGGAAUCGAAAUGGCUUACGCUCCCGAUCAUAUUUUUAACUUUCAUCGAGACUUGAAAAUUCAAGAAGAUCCGCUCGACUUGCUUCGUUUUUUGCCCGAAAAAAGGAUCGAUUCAAACAUUCUGCUUCUCAAAUCCGCCCAGAUGUCCAUGGAGAAAGAAAAUAUCAAGCUGUUGAUGGAUUCGAUCAAGUCUUCAGGAGUUGUCUGCGUCAGAAACUGCGGAAGGCCAGAAGCUCUUGGACUCGACCCUCUUUCGCUUGAAAAACUUCGAGCGAAACUACCAGUUGUCAAGCCACAAUUCCAGCCCAGCGAAACUCGCUAUCUUCUGAAAGAAUUCUUGACCGCUGCGAAAAAGUUCUUGACUCGUUCUCACAAGAUCAUUCCCCUCUCUUCCGCCGUAACAGUCAUCGCGAACGAACGAGCUCAAUUUGGUUCGUAUUACAAGCACGAGAUGCCGGAGUAUAUUCAGGCGUCAAAUUUGACCUACUGGAUGAUUUCGGAUGAGCUUGCUCCGCAGUACAAGAAGAAUGUCCCGAAAAAGGAAAACAUUGGGUUCCUCUUUUUGCCGGAAUAUAUUUUGAAGACAAAAUGCAACGAGGCUGAAAGUGAAUUCGUCUAUUUGAUCAAAACAGGAUUGGAUAAACAAGACUCUUUUCUUUUUCUUAUUGUUUAUUUCAAAUGGUGA